UGUGUUGAGCGGUUUUAAUGUCGUCGACCGUUUAGCAUUAGCGGAAGCGUUGUCAUAUGACAGUCACGUGACUGGGAAGCGGAAAACAGAUGAGAGGUGCUUUGGCAGUUUAUCAGCUCCAGUAUCGUACUGUUGGAUGCUUUCCCGGAGUCUGUUGCUGCCACGAUGGACUUCCUUGCCGAGAAUAACCUGUGCGGCCAGGCCAUCCUGAGGAUCGUGUCCCGGGGAAACGCCAUCAUCGCUGAGCUGCUGCGCCUCUCCGACUUCAUCCCCACUGUGUUCAGGCUCCGAGACAAGAGCGACCAGCAGAAAUAUGGAGACAUCAUCUGCGACUUCAGCUACUUCAAGGGUCAAGAGUACUACGAGAGCAAGCUUGAGGCCAAGCCAGAACUUCAGGACCUGGACGAGGAGUUCCGGGAAAACAACAUUGAAAUAUUGUCUCGCUUUUAUCUGGCCUUCGAAAGUGUCCAUAAAUACAUUGUGGACUUAAUAAGGUACCUGGAUGACCUUAAUGAAGGUGUCUACAUUCAGCAGACUCUGGAAACAGUCCUGCUCAACGAAGAUGGAAAACAGCUUUUGUGUGAAGCUCUGUAUCUGUACGGCGUCAUGCUGUUGGUUAUAGAUCAGAAAAUAGAAGGAGAAGUCAGAGAGAGGAUGCUGGUGUCUUAUUACAGAUACAGUGCUGCUCGAUCCUCAGCAGACUCAAAUCUGGAUGAUAUCUGUAAACUCUUAAGAAGCACCGGUUACUCCAGUAACCCCGGGGCUAAACGGCCCAAUAACUACCCCGAAAGCUACUUCCAGAGAGUCCCCAUCAGCUCCACCUUCAUCAGCAUGGUCAUAGGCCGCCUGCGCUCCGACGACAUCUACAACCAGGUUUCUGCUUAUCCACUGCCGGAGCACCGGAGCACUGCACUGGCCACUCAAGCGGCCAUGCUGUAUGUCUGCCUGUACUUCUGUCCCUCCAUCUUACACACACAGCAGGCCAAGAUGAGGGAGAUUGUGGACAAGUACUUCCCUGAUAACUGGGUCAUCAGUAUAUACAUGGGCAUCACUGUGAACUUAGUGGAGGCAUGGGAGCCUUAUAAAGCAGCCAAGACUGCACUGAACUACACCCUGGAUGCAGCAAACAUCAGAGAGCAGGCUUCUCGCUACGCCUCCAGCGUGGAGACCCUCCGGCCGCAGGUGCAGCAGCUGCUGAAGGAGGGCUUCCUGAGGGAGGAGAUCGUCCUGGACAACAUCCCCAAACUGCUGAACUGCCUGCGGGACUGCAACGUCGCCAUCCGCUGGCUGAUGCUGCACACUGCAGAGUCAGUGUAUGAUCCGAACAACAAGAGACUGCGUCAGAUCAAAGAUCAAGCGAUCAGUGACUCCAAAUACAGCCCCAAGAUCUUGUUUCAGCUGCUCCUGGACACGGCUCAGUUUGAGUUCAUACUCAAAGAAAUGUUCAAGCAGAUGUUGGCUGAAAAACAGCUGAAAUGGGAGAGCUAUAAGAAAGAGGGAUCGGAGAGGAUGACUGAACUGGCUGAGGUGUUUUCUGGGGUCAAGCCUCUCACCAGGGUGGAGAAAAAUGAAAACCUGCAGGCGUGGUUCAGAGAGAUCGCUAAACAGAUCGAGUCUCUGAACUAUGAAGACUCCACAGCAGCAGGGAGGAAGACGGUGCAGCUCAUUCAGGCUCUAGUAGAAGUGCAGGAGUUCCACCAGCUGGAGUCGAACCUGCAGGUGUGUCAGUUCCUGGCUGACACACGCAAGUUCCUGCACCAGAUGAUUCGCACAAUCAACAUUAAAGAGGAGGUGCUGAUCACCAUGCAGAUUGUGGGGGAUUUGUCGUACGCUUGGCAACUUAUAGAUAGUUUCACAUCCAUCAUGCAGGAGAGUAUCCGAGCCAACCCGUCCAUGGUCACCAAACUCCGAGCAACGUUUCUGAAGUUGGCCUCAGCUCUGGAUCUUCCCCUCAUGCGCAUCAAUCAGGCCAACAGCCCUGAUCUGCUCAGCGUGUCGCAGUUCUACUCCGGAGAGCUGGUGGCCUACGUCAGAAAGGUUCUGCAGAUCAUUCCAGAAAGCAUGUUCACCUCGCUGGCUAAAAUCAUCAAGCUGCAGAUCCAUGACAUCAUGGAGGUUCCUACACGGCUGGACAAGGACAAGCUGAAGGACUACGCCCAGCUCGGGGCGCGCUAUGAGGUUGCCAAACUCACCCACGCCAUUUCCAUCUUCACUGAGGGAAUUCUGAUGAUGAAAACAACACUUGUCGGAAUCAUUAAGGUGGAUCCCAAGCAGCUGCUGGAGGAUGGAAUAAGGAAGGAGCUUGUUAAACGAGUUGCUUUUUCUCUACACAAAGGCCUCAUCUUUAACCCUAAAGCUAAACCCAGCGAGCUGAUGCCCAAGCUGAAGGAAAUGGCCGCCACCAUGGACGGCUUCUAUCGCUCCUUCGAGUACAUCCAGGACUACGUCAGCAUCUACGGCCUGAAGAUCUGGCAGGAAGAGGUUUCCCGCAUCAUCAACUACAACGUGGAGCAGGAGUGCAACAGCUUCCUCAGGACCAAGAUCCAAGACUGGCAGAGCAUCUACCAAUCGACACACAUUCCCAUUCCCAAAUACCCGCCAGUGGACGAGUCGGCCACUUUCAUUGGCCGUCUCUGCAGGGAGAUCUUGAGGAUCACUGAUCCGAAAGCAACGUGUUAUAUAGAUCAGAUGAACACCUGGUAUGACAUGAAGACGCACCAGGAAGUGACCAAUAACAGGCUGUUCUCAGAGAUCCAGGACACUCUGGGCACAUUCGGCCUGAACGGACUCGACCGUCUCCUGUGCUUUAUGAUCGUCAAGGAGCUACAGACUUUCCUGAAUGUACUUCAGAAGAUCAUCCUCAAGGACAAAGCCGUGGUUGACAUCUUUAAAGCUCUGCUGAAUGCUGUGAACCCGGUGAAAGGCAUUGUGGCCACAGCAAGCAAAGUGUACACUAACGCUGUAGCCAAAACCCAGAAGAUCUGGCCAGCAUAUCUGGAGUCCAUUAUGAAGGUUGGUCAGAUGCAGAUCCUGAGGCUACAGAUAGCAAAUGAGUUGAACUACUCCUGCAAGUUUGACUCCAAACAUCUCGCAGCAGCUCUGGAGAAUCUGAACAAAUCUCUGCUCGCUGAUAUUGAAGCUCACUACCAGGACCCGAGCCUGCCGUACCCUAAAGAGGACAACACCCUGCUCUACGAGUUCACUGCCUAUCUGGAAGCAGCUGGAAUACACAACCCACUGAACAAAAUCUACAUCACCACCAAGCGCCUGCCGUACUUCCCUACUGUCAACUUCCUCUUCCUCAUCGCCCAGCUGCCCAAACUCCAGUACACUAAAAACCAAGGAAUGACCUGCCGGAGAGCAGCUGAUCCGGUGGACUGGGUUCCUCUCGUCCUGGGUUUACUGACGCUGCUCAAACAGUUUCACUCCAGAUACACCGAGCAGUUCCUGGCUCUCAUUGGCCAGUUCAUCCGCUCCAUUAUGGAGCAGUGCACCAGUCAAAAGAUCCCCGACAUGCCAGCUGAUGUGGUAGGAGCGUUGAUGUUUUUGGAAGACUAUGUGCGCUAUACAAAGCUAUCCAGAAAGGUGGUGGAAGCUCACAUCCCAAGUUUCAUUUUUGAUGAAUUUAGAACCGUGUUGCAAUGAUUUCUUUUGUCCACAUUAACACAUUUAGCCAAAUAACCAUUUGCGUUACCAUUUUGCCUUUUUUCCUACACGACUAACAAUUAGUUAGUUAUUAAAAGUGUAAUUACUGUAACAUUUUCAUCUGUAGUGUUUCUUAAUUUUCUGUUCCAAUGCAGCUAUACUGAAUGUAGAGAUAUUUGUAAUAAGAUGUUGUAAAUAAAUGUUUCACUGAAGACA